UGAAGAUCAUCGCAUCAUAAUCAUAACAAUAUCUAUCAUCCCCCUCUUUCUCACAAGCCACUCUGUGUCUAUUCUUCUCUUCUGUGUCUAUACCCGUGUUUGUUUAAUCACACUCCCCGUGCCAAACACACCUUUAAACCCUAAUUAUUAUUACUUGAUAAUUUACUAUCUGUUUCGAUUUAAGCCUCGUUUUCUUUACAGUGCUAUGCCCGCAGAUAUAACGUCUUCUACUCCGAUUCAUUCUCUCCCGAAAAAGUCGGCGACGGGAGACGUCUCCGUCGCCGCGGCCGUGCCGGAGGAGAGUUCCGAUGACAAUGCUGCUGGUGGUGGUUAUAGGAAGUCUGUUUGGAAAAGUGUAAACGGCGUCGUGGAGCCUGCUCCGGUUAUGGGAGGUGAUGCUUGGCCUACUAUUACUGAGUCCACUCGCGGCGGUUCGUCUAAAUUAGUUUCGAGUUCUUCGAAAAAUUUAUCUGAUGGCUCCGUUUCUGUUGUGCAGGAACAAGUAACAUUACACGCAUCCCCGAAACAAGCUACUGCUAAUGGACACCAUAAUUCUAAUCAUAAUCGCAAACAACCUCAUCGACAAAGGUCUAUGAAGAAAGGUGGCAGUGCGGGGUCUGGAUCAGGUCAGAGUGAUACCAUUCGCCCGCCUCCCCCGCCCCCACCGCCUCCAUUUCCAAUACCUUUUGGGAAUGUAUUACAUCCUAGGACGGAGAUGCCUAUUAGAGAUCCAGCUUCAUUUAAGGGCAAUAACCGGGAUGCAAGACCACUGGCAGGUGGAGGGUCUCAUUCACCAAGACAUCCUUCUAGACGGGGUAACUUUGGUUCACGACCUGCUGGAGAUGGAGGAUAUAACCAUAGUUAUGGAGCUCGACAUGACCACGAUCGCGAAAGAAAUGCUUCUAGAAAUUCUUCUGGAAGAGAAGUUCAUAUGCAUCAUAUGGUCCCCCCUCCACCACCACCACCACCUCCUCCUCGAGGUUUGGCAAGACCAGUGCUGCCAGGACCAAUCCCAUACAUUCCUCCCCCACUCGUGAGACCGUUUGGGGGUCCCAUGCCUUUUGAUAUGGUCCCUCCAUAUAUAUAUGGUCCACCAAUGUCACCUGACUCCUUUAGGACCGUACCACUCAUUCUACCACCACAUCCUCAUAUAUAUCUUCCUCUAAUUGAUCCACAUUUGCGGACUUUGUUACUCAAUCAGAUUGAUUAUUAUUUCAGUGAAGAUAAUUUGGUUAAAGAUGACUUCUUAAGGUCAAACAUGGAUGAUCAGGGAUGGGUAUCUAUUAGUUUAAUAGCAAGUUUUCCUCGAGUUUUGAAAUUGACAAGCGAUGUCCAGUUGAUUUUGGAUACUUUGGGAGCUUCAACUGUUGUGGAAGUGCAGGGAGACAAGAUUAGGAGGCGUGACAAUUGGAACAAGUGGAUUCCCUCAUUUCGUCAUAGUUUGCCAGACCUUGGUUUGCAAUCUCAAAGCGAGUCAACUGACAUCAUGCUGGCAACUUCCAUUCAGGAGGUCCAUUUGGACAAGGAGACUACUAACGGGAUCAAUAGUACUGACGCAAAAGUAGAGCACUCGGAGACAGAACCCAGUAGAGUUCCAUCAUCGGACUACACGAUUACUCAACUAGAACCCGGGAAAGGGGAAAAUUUAGCUGAAGCAUCCAUCCAGGGGUGUGCCUAAGCAAGAGCCAGCUACUGCAAUUCCCAUAGAUGGAUUUUUGAGAAUUAUGAUAAUAAUUCUGUAGAGCCAAGUUGGGUCCAAAGUUUAAAAUUGUUUGGAAGUUUCUAUUUUGCUCUGAUAAUUGUUACAUCUUACUCCUAUAUAGUAUACCUUCUGUAGAAAUUACUCCCUCUGUCCCAUUUAAUUGUAUACAUUUCUUUUCAACUGCU